AUUUCUGUAAUUAUUUAAAAUAAUGUAAUAUAAAUAAUGUCAAACAUUUUGGAAUAUAAACAUUUUUUCCCUAUAGACAGCAUUAAAAAAGUUUGUACUAUUUUUGAGGAUCAAUUGCGCAGUGAAAAAGAACCGGAUCUUGCCUUGUUUUCUAUCAUAGUGGGAGCGGUGGAAAACAACUUAACCAAUGUGAAAAACAGCGAAAAAGAUGUUAAUUUGGCGACUAAUAAGUUUAUUAAAAUGAAAUUUCCUUCCAUAGAAUGGGAGGAAGUGAAAUCUCUCUAUGAGCGUUUUGUAUCUUUGAUGAGAGCAGGUGUUGACGCCAAGUUACUUAAUGGGGAAUUUGCAACUCGUGACUUGGUUAAGCGAGUAGCAGAUGUCGUGUGGAAUUCUUUGACUCGAAGUUAUUACAAGGACCGAGCUCAUCUUCAAUCAGUCUACAGUUUUUUAACUGGAAAUAAACUCGAUUGCUUUGGUGUUGCCUUUGCAGUUACAGCGGGAUGUCAAGUUUUAAGUAAAAAGGAUGUACAUCUCGCGCUAUCAGAAGAUCACGCUUGGGUGGUUUUUGGAAAAGAUGGCAUAGAUACGGCUGAGGUUACAUGGCAUGGCAAAGGUAAUGAAGACAAAAGGGGACGGUCAGUGGGUGAUGGUGUAUCAGCUCGCUCAUGGUUGUAUGUGGCUGGAAAACCUGUUGUUUGUACCCGCAUGAUGGAACUGGCUGCAUUAGUCUCAUCAAUUAAUCCAACUUUAACACCAACAAUUGAUGUCCAUGAAGUGGCUCAAAUGCAACAUAGACUUCUUUGGCUCUUAUAUGAUUUUGGUCAUUUAGAUGCAUAUCCAAUGGCUUUGGGAAAUUUGGGUGACUUGGAUGAAUAUAUGAGAAUAUCAAAUUGCUCUGAAAGUACAGAAGACACAUUGAUAUUGGAAGAAAAUGGUAGUAAGCCUGUAAGGCCAGACUCAGCAGCUCUUUAUGUGCAAGCCAUCAGAUCUGCGAGAACAUAUUAUGAUGACAGACAUGUGUAUCCUUACACAUUCCAAGGGGGCUAUUAUCAUCGACAUAAGAUGUAUAAGGAAGCUUUUAAUGCAUGGGCUUGUGCUGGUGAUGUAAUAAGACAUUACAACUAUUCUCGUGAUGAUGAAGAAAUAUACAAAGAAUUUGCAGAGAUUGCAAAUGAACUAAUUCCACAGCUUAUGAAAGCUGAAAGUUCAGGGCAUUCGGCAAGGUCUAUUUUAAAAGAUCCAGAAUGCUUUUCAUCUUUAUUAAGGUUUUAUGAUGGCAUAUGCAAGUGGGAAGAGGGUAGUCAAACUCCCAUUUUACAUAUAGGAUGGGCAAAGCCCCUUGUUAGCACUAUAUCUAAAUUUGAUGCUGAAGUAAGGGCACAAGUGCAUAUCAUAUGCAGCCCUGAUUGUGAGGAGCCAGAAACACCUGAGGAGAAAAAGGAAACAGAUACUGAAGAUACACAUGUGCAGAAAAAUAAUGAUCAAUGGAAUAAUAAUUCAGAUAACACAGAAAUGAGUGUUCGGGAACAGUUAACGGCUGCUGUUAAUAGUAGACCACGUGUAACAUUGUAUAGUCACAAAAUGGCAGCACUUAAGCCAUUACUACUGGCAGAGAGAUUAAAUACGCACGCCUUACAGCUUCAACUAACUGCCCAAAGUCAACUGCAGCGGCCCCAGGCACCGACGAAGCGAAGGGAUGAUGACGAUCAUACACCUGCGCCAACUGCAAGAGCUAAAAGGGCACGACGAGAACGUUAAUACAUUUUAACACAGUUUAAAAAGCACAAUUCAUCCUGAGUCAAAAUAAGGUGCUGCCAUUAUAUUUGUUGAUUAAAAAAAUAUUAUUUUACAAUGUUUGUAAAAGAACUACAAAAAUAAUAUUUUGCUAAUUAUUCAGCAACUUAUUAUGAUUUCUAGUGGCUGUGCCUUUGUCAUUGGUUCAAAAAAGCUUUUUAAAUUAAUGUUAUAUAAUUACUCAUACCGAGGAAGUGGUGGUAAGUAAAUAAGGGGACAAAUAUAUAAGAAAAUAUGUUCUUUUUUUUCUUGGUAUGUUCUGUAUUGAAUGGAUUUAGGUUGGAGUUGGACAUGGAUUUCCAUUAGUUUUUCUUAGAAAGAAUUCAUAGGAAUGUAAUUAAUCUGGACAAAUCUUAACUUUAGUCUUCUUUAAAACUGUCGUAGGCCAGUGCUGGACACAGGCCUCUCCUACUUUAGGCUUUAGGGUUAGUCAAUGGCCUUAGAUUUUGACGAUAUAUUGCUAUAUGUAGUGUUUCAAGCAAGCCGAUGGGUGCUGCUAGGCAUCUCUGGCUUAAUAUAAAAUUUAGUGUAAAUGUAAAUUUCUUCAAAACAUUAUUUUUUAUAAAACAUUUUUACUUAAAAAAAAUGUACGUCAUUGCAACAUAAUAGCACCUAAUGUUUUCUUAGUAGUUGCGUAAUUUCACCACUGUGAUAAAUAAUGUGUUUAAUUUUUGUUUUAGUUUAUGAGAUAGUAUGGUUUUUUAAACUAGUUACAAGGCAACCGUGCCUUAUGUUGCUGAAAAUUUACCUCCCCCUAUUUCCAUGAACAAUUUAUAUCGAUUGAAGAAAUCUUUUAAUAAUAAGUAUUAUAUUUAUAAUUAUUUAAUAAAUUAGUCGUAGCGGCAUGACAAUCUUUUAGUAUUUGAAAAGUUAGUUUUUAAGUUUGAAUUUUAAACUUAUAAGUCUAUAAGAGCCAUAUUUACAAAAUUGAUAAUCAAUUUGUUAUUUAUUUCAAUCUAAUCACACUUUAUGUCUGAUUAUGAAUAUAAAAACCUAGCAAUGUAUUAAAAUAAUUUAUAUUCCUAGUCAGACUAUUAGUGCCGCCUAUCAGUUAAUUUGCAUUCAGUUUUUUUUCAAACUGACACAUUGUUAUAAUAGCAUAAAAUUGCUAAAAAAAUAUUCACUGAAAAUUGAAUUCAAUUAUACAACUUGUUUUUGCACUUGUUUGUUACAACUUGUUCCAUUUAAGACUAUGUUAAUACAAUUGAGUUGGUUUCUCCUUCAUUGUUGUUAGUCAUAUAUUUUUAUUGACUUUUAAAAUGGUGAUAGUGCUGACAUUCCGCACAUUUUCAAUACACUGAAUUUAUAUUUGUAAAUAUCUGUGAUGUUAAUUAUUAUAAUAUACGCGACAAAUCUUUGUAUAUGGGACAAUAGGUUUACAACCGCAUUGCUGUGGGAGUGAAAACCUAUUUUCCGUUUCGGCUGAACGAGUGGUGGCUAAUCGCCCAAUGCACUACGUUCAAACAUGUCGCGCGUAAAUAUUGUGAGAGUGUACUUCAAAAGGGCUGCAAAAGACUGUCGAAUGGCAAUUACAUUCGUUCGAUUUUGUUGUAAUGUACAAA